GGUCCAUUAGCAAUGAGUCAGUAUAUAUAGCACCAGCCACAUCUCUCCAGCAGGCGGCAACGGUAGCUCAGCUUCACCGGAGGCCUUAGCAGGAACGAACAGCCAAAGCAGGAUGAAGCUUUCCAUUGGCAUCAUUUUCUUCUGCCUGGUCCUGGGUGUCAGCGGCCAAAGAUGGUUAUCAUUCAUCAAGGAAGCUGGGCAAGGGUCUAAAGACAUGUGGAGAGCCUACUCUGACAUGAGAGAAGCCAAUUUCAAAAAUUCAGAUAAAUACUUCCACGCUCGGGGGAACUAUGAUGCUGCUCAGAGGGGGCCUGGGGGUGCCUGGGCUGCUAAAGUCAUCAGCGAUGCCAGAGAGGGUAUCCAGAGACUCACGGGCCACGGAGCGGAGGACUCGAGGGCUGACCAGGCUGCCAACAAAUGGGGCCGGAGUGGCAAAGACCCCAAUCACUUCAGACCCAAAGGCCUGCCUAGCAAGUAUUGAGCUUCCUCUUCUCUCUGCUCUCAGGAGACCAGGCUGUGAACCCCUGAGGGCAGGGACAUUUUUUGAACUGGAAUUACUGAAUUCUAUAUCCCCAGUACUUCAUACAGAAAAGUACACAUAAAAUUGCUUAAUAAAUGCUUGUGCAAUCCAA